AUGGCGAUUGUCUCUUCAAUGGAAAUGGAGGAGCGGCUGGCGAACAGCAAGGACGACCACAGUUUAACAUCGCUCUGGUGGAAACUGGUUGAACUGUGUAAUGCGACGGCGCCCUUUGGCAUUUUCCCUCGACUUGGGAGCUUCCUCGAUCUGCUCGAUGGCAAGAUAGUUCCUGACGCUGGUGAGGGGAUUAUUGGGCAAGAAAAUGAGAACGAGAAGCAGUCCCGUCGUGUCAUUGAUUCCACCGAUCCAGUCCCUGUCUCCCUCUCCUCCACCAUUCCAUCGAGGGAUUCUCAGGAUUUCCGUGUCUUCUUCACAGGACUGUUGAUGUAUUUUGGGGCUAACUGA